AUGGCUGCCCCGCGGGAUCUGGCAUCUGACUCUGCCCCGGCUGCAGAAGCAGUCGCCCCGGUUACGUGGGUGCCGAGGGCUCGGGCCCCCGCCUCGGCGCUUCACACCCACCCCUGUGAGGCGGUGGCCGUCUCAGAGCGGGCGGCAGCAUGCAUGCUGUGUCACCGGACAGAGGCUGACCCGGAUAUCUGUGGGCGCAAACUGGAGAAGCAUGGGCUCUGUGCCCACGUGUUUUGCCUGUUUUUUGCCAACGACCUGUUUCAGCAACAGUCUGAAGAUCAAACACUCAUGGGAUUUCUCCCUCAGCAUAUUAGAUGCACAAUCGGGCAGGCAAUAUGGAAGGACUGCUUCGUCUGUGGCGAGAACGGGGCCACCAUCACAUGCCAGGACACGGGCUGCGACCGCAGCUUCCAUCUCCCCUGUGCCGUGGAGGGUGAAUGCAUCACCCAGUACUUUGGGCUCUACAGGUCCUUCUGCUGGGAGCACCGCCCAGAGCAGGCAGUGCAGGCUGCUCCGGAGGAGACCACCACCUGCCUCAUGUGCAUGGACUCUGUGGGGCACAGAAAGUCCUACAGCACCAUGGUGUGCCCAGCCUGCAAACACGCCUGGUUCCACAGGGGCUGCAUCCAGGGACAGGCUCUGCGCGCUGGCAUUUCUUGCUUCCAGUGCCCUCUAUGCAGAGACAGGGAAAGAUUUAUUUCAGAUAUGCUCAACAUGGGGAUCCGAAUCCCCAGGAGACUGCCAUCGUGGGAGAACAACCACGCGUAUGCAGCACUAAAUGAGAGGCACAGCCGCUGCGAUGCCAGUCAGUGCCUUUGUCCAGGAGGCAGGGAGCGGGCAGAGGAAGAGGGGCCCUGGCAACUGCUCCUGUGCUGCUCCUGCGCUGCCGAGGGCACCCACAGAUGCUGCUCCAACUUGAAGCACAGCACGGCCAGCUGGGAGUGCAGCAGCUGUGCUGGCCUGGGCACCGCUGGGGUGUCCCACAGCUCCCCGGCACCUGAAGCGAGCAGCCCCAGCCCUGACAGCCAGCUGCCAUCAGGGACCUCCUGCAGCUCUCCAGCACUGCAGAGCAGCAGCCGCUCCAGCACCCCUGGGCCCGAGCGGGUGCGAGACCGCUCCCGCUUGCAACGUCGGGCCCAAAACCCCUACAGCCGGCCCAGAAGACACCGUGAGAGGAGCCGGGCACCAGCACCGAGUGCUGAGACCAGCACCCCCAGCCAGGCGGCAGCGGGGGUGUCCCACAGCUCCCCAGCACCUGAAGCGAGCAGCCCCAGCCCUGACAGCCAGCUGCCAUCAGGGACCUCCUGCAGCUCUCCAGCACUGCAGAGCAGCAGCCGCUCCAGCACCCCUGGGCCCGAGCGGGUGCGAGACCGCUCCCGCUUGCAACGUCGGGCCCAAAACCCCUACAGCCGGCCCAGACGACACAACGAGACCAGGCGUGCAACAUCGCCAAGUGCUGGCUGCGAUCCCUCUCCACCGGCACAAUAA